GGUUCGAUCCUUGGAUUUCCCCGGCGAAGUCGCUCGACCGGAGGCCGAAGGAUGUACGGCGUCGAGGCGAGCGGGGCGGAAACCGAGCGGACCGCCUUCCGGCGGGCGGAGAAACGGUACAAGCUCUACAAAUCUCAGCCUCCCAGAUCCCGGAAGCAACCGGUUGUGAACCGGACCGAUCUCUCGGACGUCAUCGAUUUCCUUGCGGUCCUUGAAUCCUUCGAACGCGACGGAGGUACCCCGGAGGGGAUCUACAGAUUCGAGUGCCCGGGUUUUGCUCUUCCAAUCUUUUGCCUUAAAGAUCGGCCAGGAUUUUAUUUUAUUCCAUGUGCAUUGACUAUUGAAGAACAGUGCUACUGGAUCAGGCAGAGUUUGAUUAGUUUUCCUCAGCCUCCUAACAGAACAAACCAUACAGCUAUUUAUGGCCCAAUUACUGACUUAUUAACUGCUGUUCAAAACAAGAAGAUUUUGGUGGAAGCAGAAAAUUCAAACGUGAGUCUGGUUGACAACAAUAUGCUUGCACCUAGAUAUAUCUUUUCAGAAACAAGUCUUGAUGCACAUGUAGAGGGGCAUGAUUCAUGCAAAUCAGUUUCAGCAUCAGUUCUCCUAAGAAAACUGCGUUGGAGUACCCUUGGCCUACAGUUUGACUGGUCUAAGCGCAACUAUGAUGUAUCUCUCCCUCAUAACAAGAUACCAAAUGAUUUAUGUCUUCUUGCCAAGAAGAUGGCAGUACCAGCCAUGUCAUCAGGGGAAGAAUUCCAGCCCGAAGCUGCAAUAGUGAACUAUUUUAGUCCAAGUGACAUGCUUGGUGGUCAUCUUGAUGACAUGGAAGCGGAUUGGAGUAAGCCUAUUGUAAGCAUAAGCCUGGGGUGCAAAGCUAUUUUUCUUCUUGGGGGAAAAUCUAGAGAGGAUAUGCCUGUUUCCAUGUUCCUUCGUAGUGGAGACAUCAUACUUAUGGCUGGGCAAGCAAGAGAAUGCUUCCAUGGAGUUCCUCGGAUCUUCAUAGACGACGAGCAUGCAGAGAAUUCUGAUCUGUUGUCACAAUUUUCGGGUGAAGAUGAUCGCUGCUUCAUGGAUUACAUAAAAAGCUCAAGAAUAAAUAUCAAUAUCAGACAGGUCAACUAGAAGCAUGUCAACAAUUUUGCAAUUGGAACAGCAUUUCCUUUAUGACAAUACCAAUUUCCUUAUUUUAGCUCAAGUGGCUUAGCUUGUUAUUAACAAUGGGGAAAGAAAAUUUUUAAGGACAUCAUCA